AUGGAUAGAAGGCUUUCAAUGUGGGCCGUCACUCAAGACGUCUCCUCUGCAGCCCUCGCCAACAUCAAGGAGUCGAGUCAACAGGGAAGCAGUCUUCACGUCAAAAAUGGAUUUCUCUCUCAGCAUACGACUCUAGAUAAACUUCCGGACAAAAUAUUACUGAAGAUAUUCACUUAUUUGCCGCACCGGGAAGUGUCACGUUUAGCACGAGUUUGCAAGAAAUGGCGAAUGAUUUCAUGCGAUUCCAAGCUAUGGACGCACGUCUCUCUCAGACCCGAUGUGUCGGGACUUCAUGUAACGAGUAUGGAGUCACUCCUCGCCCUCAUAUCCAUAAGAUUUGGUCCAUCACUGCGUUAUAUAGAGCUACCCAUUGAGUUGAUAACACAUACAGUACUCCACGAGUUGGCCAAUAAAUGUCCAAAUCUAACGAAUAUGUUAUUGGACUUCUCAACGGCUAUGCAAUUGCAUGAUUUCAAUGAUUUGCAUUCAUUUCCCACUAAAUUGCGAACGAUGUGUAUCUGUUUGUCUGAAGUUAUUUUUAUGGAGGGAUUUAUGAGGAAGAUCUAUAAUUUCAUCAAUGGUUUAGAAGUCUUGCAUUUAGUGGGAACUUAUGAGAAGGCAGUGGAGGAAGAGGAGGAAGAGAUCUAUGAAGUGGUUAACAUCCAUAAGCUUAAGAGUGCUGUUCCCAACCUACGAGUGGUUAACUUAUUUGGCAUUAAUUUUGUAGACGACAGUCAUGUAGACUCUCUAAGCAGUAAUUGCAUACAACUCGAGUGUUUAGCACUUAAUUUUUGUACGAAAUUCACUGGAAGUACAUUAAAGCUAUUGUUUCAUCGCUGCAAAAGACUUCGAUGUCUUCUUAUGCAACACACGAGUAAUUCAUUUCACAUGUUUUAUCNUGCCGACACUAAAGCUUAA